ACCAGUUGUUCAGUACUAACCUUUAACUCAAUUUUCUAGAAAGUAAAAAGCUUUGGAAUUCACUGAACAGUAGGAAUUAGUGUAACUGUGCCUUGUGCUUUUCAGUCGAUUAGUUUGCAGAUUUGCCUUGACAAAAAAAGGCCUUUUGUGUAAAAAGUAAGUUAUGUUGCUGCUGAGAAAACGUGGCAUGCAAAAUGAGAGAAAUCUUCUUAUUUCUUCUGUACUGAGGUUGUAAAUGUUGGCAGGAAUUUGCAUUUCAUACCACUAUGUUGUAGGAAAAACAGUGUAUGAUUUGGAGAAACAGUUUUCCUCCAUAAUGAUUCGAUUUACUUACUGAAUGAAAAAACAUUUCCUGGAAGUAAUUGUAUAGAAAUAAAUACUUCUUGUUCCAGGAAUAUAUGUGUGUUUUGAUCUGCCCAACAUGGAAAAAAAUUGUGAUUGCAGUAAACUGUCUAAUCCAGGGAAGGAGAAAGAGACUGAAGCAAGCCACACUUUCUUAAAUAAAUUUUCUAUGAAAGGACUAUUUGGAUUUACAGAUAAAUUAGAACCAGGAGCUUCAAAACAGCAAGUGGUUUUAAAAGGGUUUCAAAAUGUCAGUGGGGAUGUUGAUAGCCAUGUGGACAAAGAGGAUGAGAAGAACAAAGUAAAUGAAGAAGCUGAUCUAAAUACAGUUGACCUGCUUCCAGAAACAGUGCAGGAGGAAAGUAAUGUUCAGGCUGUUUCAGAAGCUGACACAAGAGACAUAUUUGUUUUGAAGGCGGUCUUAGGAAUGGAUGACCGGGCUUCAGAUGACCCUGCAGAAACCAUUACUGGUGCUUCAAAUGUGUGCAGAAUUUAUGCUGGAAACUUUGUUGAUUCUGAAGAUAAUGACAGCAUAGAUAAUACCUCUAUAGACUAUGCUUUUGUCUCAGAUGAUCAUCAGGCAAAUGUUUAUGGGACAAGAGACUUGGAAACACAGCAAAGGGAGCAGAAGGAGCCGUCCCUCUCUGAUUCCUAUUCUAGCCACUCUCCUUUGUGUGAAUUCAGCAAACAAGAUUAUAAGGAUUCCAUUCUUGUUCAGGGUCCUUUGGCUCAUACAACAAGUGACACAGAAUUAGACAAUGAGGCUACAGAUCUAGACGCGCAUGGAAAUGUAACAAACUACCCUGUGUUAAAUUGUGCUGUAUCAUUGGAGGAUAAUGAUCAAAAUAAAGAAGACACAGAACUAUAUACAGAAAUGCAUAGUACUAUAGCAGAGGGUAACACAGAGCCAAUUCUACCAAAUUGCAAAUGGCCAUCAAAAGAAAUGGGAGAUACAAUACCAGAAAUGUAUUCAAAUACAGAGGUUAGAACACCAAUCAAGGAAAAUAUUAGUUCAAUUGCUACAGCAAAGGAUAUUCAGGAAGCUGAAGAAGACCAGGGAUCUCUUUCAAGUAACUGCAGUGCUGAUUGUCCUACAAAACCAGCUUCGAGUGAAAAGUCCUUUCAGCUCCCAGCCUUCUUUAGUGGAUUACGUGUUCGAAAAAAAGGAUUGUCUGCAGAUCCGGAGGAAACUGUCACUGAAAUCAAACAGAAAGACAGUGAUCUAGCUAUGCUCAAACUACGACAGCCUGUUAAGAAGUCGAACCUUGCACCUGAGCCAAUAACCAAGAAGAAAAUAUCAGAGCCGAAAGGUUCUCCUACUUUUCUAGAACAGCUUUCUCAGUUGUUAGGGCCUAAAACUGAAGAGAAAAGUAUUGAUGAAGAAGUACUAGCAUCUGGAGAGGUUGAAGAAAGGAAAUCUUGUGUGACAAUGGAUCCAUGUGAAGAAAUUAAACCAAGUCCUGCAGAAUCUGCACUGGAUGCAUUUAAAGCUUUAUUUACACGGCCUCCCAAAAAAGAGACAACUGCUGACACUUCAGAAUUAGAAGCAAUAAAACGCAAAAUGAAACAUGAAAAGGAAUCUUUGAUGGCAAUAUUUGAGAGGUCUAAACAAAAAUCCGGUGAUGCAGCCACAGAAACAAAACCAGCUGAUGUAAUUUCUUCAGAACAGGAUGACAAGACCCCAGGAAGACUCCAGACUGUCUGGCCUCCACCCAAAGCAAAGGAUGAAGAAGAGAAAAUAGGCUUAAAAUAUACAGAAGCAGAGUACCAUGCUGCGAUUUUGCAGUUAAAAAGGGAACAUAAGGAUGAAAUUGAGAAACUAAAAUCUGAGUUUGAACUCGAAGUCUUUCGUAUUCGAGGAGAACAUGCUCUAUCAAUAACAAAGCUUGAGGAACACAUUCUAUAUUUAAAAAAUGAACUGGAAAAUAAGUUGUACAAGCAAGGUGAAGAAGCAAAGGAUGCCUGUGUAUCCACUGAAGAUGACAACCCACCAAAAACAUACAGAAAUGUAUGCAUCCAGACAGAUAGAGAAACUUUUAUAAAGCCAAAUGAAGAUGAAACACGGACACCAAAAAAUAAUCAGAAAAUUCCAAAGAAACUUUCCAAACCCUAUUUGAAUAACAGUGUUUUGGCUUCAGUUGAUCAUAAGGAAAUAUGCAAUACUGGCCAAACCUCAGGGAAUGUUUUUUCAAAGUUGGACCAAACAGUGCCGCCACCUCCUCCUCCUCCUCCUCCUCCACCUCCUCUUCCUUUCUCGCUAUCUGAUUUAAUCCCACCACAGCCACCACCAUUGCCAACAAGCUUAAGUUCUGCCCAACCGCCACCGCCGCCAGCACCACCACUACCGCUUCCUUUAGCUUUUGGUGUUCAUCAGCCAUCUCUACCUCCCCCACCAGGGCCGCCUCCAACCGGAACAGGACCCCCCCCGCCGCCGCCACUACCACUUGGCUUUAAUUUUUCUUCAAUGAGUCAAGGUCCUCGAAAACCCGCAGUUGAACCAUCUUGUCCCAUGAGACCACUCUACUGGAACAGAAUCCAAAUAUCAGAUAACAGUCAACAGUCAAUGCCAACUCUUUGGGACUCAUUAGAAGAACCCAAUCUUUGUGAUACAAAUGAAUUUGAAUACUUAUUCUCAAAAGACACAGCUCAGGAAAAGAAAAAAGUACUAGCUGAAUCUUAUGAAAAGAAAACAAAAAUAAAAAAGAUUAUCAAAUUAUUGGAUGGGAAGAGAUCUCAAACUGUAGGAAUUCUGAUAUCUAGUUUACAUCUGGAGAUGAAGGACAUAGAACAAGCUGUACUAAAUAUGGAUGAUUCAGUAGUUGACCUAGAAACAUUGGAAGCACUAUAUGAAAAUAGAGCACAGAAGGAUGAACUGGAAAAAAUAAAGCAGCAUUAUGACACUUCAACAGAAGAAGAAGUUAAGCUUCUGGACAAACCUGAACAAUUUUUAUAUGAGUUAUCCCAGAUCUCCAAUUUUGCUGAACGUGCCCAAUGUAUAAUCUUUCAAUCUGUCUUCAAUGAAGGGAUAAUUGCAGUUCAUCAUAAAGUUGACAUUAUUCAUCAUGUUUGUAAGGCAUUGAUCACAAUGAAAAGUGUGAAAAAUAUUUUAGCUUUAGUUCUGGCUUUUGGAAAUUAUAUGAAUGGAGGAAAUCGAACACGUGGUCAAGCAGAUGGAUUUGGCUUGGAAAUACUUCCCAAACUAAAAGAUGUUAAGAGCAGAGAUACAGGAAUCAGCCUUGCAGAUUAUGUUGUAAUUUACUACCUGCGCCAUUUUGAUAAGGAAGCAGGAACAGAAAAUAGUGUAUUUCCAUUGCCAGAGCCGCAAGAUUUCUUCCAGGCAUCACAAGUAAAAUUCGAAGACCUGAUAAAAGAUUUAAGAAAACUAAAGAAAGAUCUAGAAGGUUGUGAAAAACAAAUGAAAGUUGUUUUCAGAGAAUCAUCUGAAGAACACCUUCAGCCCUUUAAGGAUAAGUUUGAAGAUUUUUUCUGUGAAGCCAUAGAAGAACAUAAAGAAGAGAAAAGUCACCUGGACAAUGCACAAAAGUGUUUUGAAGAAAUGGUGAAAUACUAUGGAAUAAAGCCAAAAUCUGGUGAAAAGGAGACCACACCGAAUUAUGUUUUCAUGGUUUGGUAUGAAUUCUGCAGUGAGUUUAAGACUAUUUGGAAACGGGAGAACAAAAACAUUUCCAAAGAAAGACUCCGAAUGGCUCAGCAAUCAGUGAGCAAGUUAACUUCAGAAAAAAAAGUGGAAACUAGGAAAAUAAAUCCAACUGCCAGUCUGAAAGAAAGACUACGUCAGAAAGAAGCCGGGGUGACACCCAACUGAAAGAAGAACCCCAAAAUGAAACAAAAACCAAUGAGAGUGUGACCUUGAUGAUGUUACACGUUGCUCCUUCUCUUCGGGAGCACCUUAUUUUAGAUGAAGUUCUGUGUUGCUUUUUUCUUCCGACAAUCCACCAAAGAUUUUUCAAUCCCUUGGUUUAUACAAGCAAGGGAAUGCUAAGAAGUUUGUUUACAUGGGACUUAGGAAGGGUUCCCCAGUAACUGUUUCUUGUAUGGUUGAAACCAAAUGGUUUUCUUAAAAGCGAAGAAUGUCUCUAUGCAAAGUGCACUAGUAUGGAAGAGCAAAUCUGGAUUUUAGGCAGGGAAAUAAAUAGCUUUAUAUCAUCUGCAACAGAUGUAUGGGAUGGCUAAUAUAAGUCUAUUGAAGAUUUGCUGAAUUGGUGUCUGCUUAAAAUUAUUUUUAUGGUGUUCAAAGGAUUAAGUUUAUCUUCUAUAUUUUAUCAUAAUUAUUUUUAUAAGAAGCUCAAUCUAUGCAUAGGAAUAGAAAUACAUUUUUUGCAUAUAGGAGAGAGAAUUAAUAUCAAAAUAUAUGCUGCACUUGUAUCGACUAAUGUUUUGAGUUUUGUUCCUAUUUUAAUGGUAAAAUGAAGACGUGCAUAUCUAGAUGAAGGUCAGAUAGCAGUCUUCAACAAUACAUUAUUUAUAAUCAUUUAAGAGGAUACUGUGUAAAAACUGUUUCCAUUAUUUGUAAUUAAUUUAAAGGAAAGCCUAUAUUCUUUAAUGAUUUAAGAUUUUGAUAUAACCAAUGUUUAGAUAUUUCUACAUAAUUCUGUGAGUAUGCAUGUGUCUGGAACAGAGUGCACACUUAUAUACAAACAUAUUUUCUACUUAUUGUGUGUGUGUGUGUAUGUGUGUGUAUCAUUGCCUAGAUUAAGAAAAAAGACAGCAUUGAUCUCCAAUUUUUCAUGCUGUAACAACUUGUAUGAAGGGCAGCUUAGAAUUAAAAUUAUAAUUGAAAUGAAUAAAUAAUAAAAUUAAACUGCAAUUCAUGUCCUACAUCAGAAGCUAAAUGGUCACAAAGCAAACCACAUGACAGAGAAAGAGAUUGCAAAGAUUGCUGGGUGCUGCAACCUCAUUUAGGUAAAUUUUGCUGUGCAGCAGCAAUGCCACCAUUACUCUCACACCCACAUGUGCUGUUGUCCAUUAUGGAUAUUUGGGCUUAAACUAAAAAGUGAUAUUUAUUAAUUUAUUACUAUUGUCUUAUUUAUAGAUUGUCACUAAUCAAAGUAGCCACUAACAAGGAGGGGUUGUAAUAAUAAUUAGGUUAAAAUAGCAUAAUGUUAAAAAGCAAUGAAGCAUAGGCCAAAGUUGUUGACUCAGCAGGUGAAGAAAAUGUGGACUCAGAAGUUGGUAAUUUUAUUUAUUUAUUUAUUUAUUCAAUUUAUAUGCCAUGCAUCUCACCAAAAAGGUGACUCUGAGGGUCUAUAAUCAGGGUUCUGUGGUCUAGAGGUAGAAAGAAAAAUAUUUCUCUUUCUUGUCUCAAAGAAAGAUGUGCCACUGAAUCUGAGUGGCGUGGUUUUCCAGCUCUUGUACUACAGGGAAUUGAAGAAAGACUGUUGGUAUUUCAUCCCCAUAGCAAUAGCACUUAGACUUAUAUACCGCUUCACAGUGCUUUACAGCCCUCUCUAAGUGGUUUAUGGAGUCAGCAUAUUGCCCUUAACAAUCUGGGUCCUCAUAGCAUCUGCCUUUUUUCGAAAUGCUUUGCAUGAUCAGAAGCACAAAGAAGCACUUUUUGUUCCUCAAAAUGUCCCAUCUCUUAAAAAGAAAAGAAAAGUGCAUUUUGUCUUGAAUUAUGAUGAAGCCAAAGAGGGUAUGAUGAACAGCAAAAAAUAUAUAAAAGAAUCGCCUGCAUGAUAAAUAAAGACUUGGGUUAAGUGAAUGCAUGGUUAUUCAAUAUGUCUUAUUAAACUGUAAAGAAAAUUUCAAAUAUGCAAUAUGUAACUUCUUUUUUAUCUUUGCACAAUUAAGGAAAAGGGCUCUAAAGUGUAUAUAAUGAUUGCUAUUGGAAUAUGACAUUUGUAGAAAACAUAGUUAAACAGUUCACAAAAAGAACUAUUGUUGAUGUUAAUAGUGAACAGCAAAAUAUUAUUUUUCUCUUAGAUAGAAACAUGACGUAUUUUUCCCUGUCAUGAAUGGAAACCGAUACAAUAAAUUGAGAAAAUUAAAAUGGUUUGUGUAAAAUGUAAUACAGAUUUUUAGUAUUGUGAAAGUUCACUAAACUAUCAAGUAGUUACGUACGUAAUAUACCGCAAUAAAUUCCCAGCUUCACAAACUGUGUUAUUAUACAAUGUCAAAUCUUUUGCUUCUAAGAUUUGACAACUUUCCAUAAGUAAAAAAAUGCUUCUGAGUCUAUCGGUUGCAAAUUUUAGACUCACAAUGAGACAAUCCCAUUCAAAUUCCAAAAUUAGAAGUGGGUAAAUGGUUGCUUUGUUACAGGACCUUUAAACACUCAAGCAAGAAAUAGCAAAAACAUGGUAAUUUAUGCUGAGAUAGAGAGAGAAAGAGACUUUCUGGUUAAUUAAAUUUUAUUUAGUAUAAUUCAGUAUCAUUACUCUUUACCUUGCAAAUAUAUGGCAACUCACCAUUUUCAGUUAAAAGAUUAAUAUGACAAAAAGAACACCAAACUCUGUUUAUAUUUUGCAAUAGAUAAAAUCCCACUUAAUGUUAUUUUGUAAUAUUUUAAAAUGAAUCUAUUUAUUUUGCAAACUGGAAGACAUGUUAUCAUAAUCUGCACUAUGUCAAUGUCAAUACAGAAGAAAAAAGAAAGAUGAUGUUAUAUGUAUCAUUUUCCAUGUUUCAACCAAGUUGUUGGAAUAGGAAAAACAGAAGUAGAAAUCUGUUUUGUAGAAAAGGAAUAUCCUUAUCCAGAAAAUAUAAAUUUUUACCCAGUGGAGGGAAUAUUUGGAUCAGAUCACCAAGUGAAUCCAAUAUCUACACAUGCUAUUUGGGUUUUUAUUUUUCUACUAAUGUAUACAUGAAUUUCUUUGUCCUGGUUGGCUCGAAUUGCUAUGAUAUACUUCAGAAAAAUCUCAGUUUAUAGCUGGAUAAAUGAUACGUAGCACUAUGUGUUUAUAGAGUUUGGAAAUAGUAUAUCAAAAGCCAUCGGUGGUACAAAUCAGUCAUUCAGUAAAUAUAGAAGUAUAAAUAUACUGACAAUUAGAGAACAGUAAAAACAAAAACCAAUCAUAAAAUAUAGCUUUGAUUUCUUUAUAUUUACUAAGUAUUUUUAAAUUUAAAGAUAUUGUGGAAAUAAUGUGUUUAAGAAUGUAAUUAUUUUUUAAAUAAUAACUUGAUUCUCAAUUUAAUCUUCCUGUCAAAGCUGUCUCUACUGGAAAGUAGAUUGCUUUCCUCAUUCUACCAGCCAACCUAUUGUUCCAGAGAUUCUCUGCCUCUUUACUGACAACAUUUCUGUUUUCAUAUUUAUGUUAUUAUGGCAGGGAGAGGAUUUUUUUUGUUACAUUUAUAAACCACUGACUUUAUGACAACUCUGGUCCAUGUUCUAUCUAUAGAAACAGAGAAAACCAAUCUCCAUCUCAUAAAUCAGAUGGCCAACAAGGAGCCUGCCCACCACUGUAGUUCAAGGGCUAGGAAAGGAACCAGAUUUUAAGGCUCAUCCAAAUAAAGUAGGGUGAGGCUUUAUGGAUCUCAGAGAGAACAUCAUUCCAGAGAAUAUACACUAUGGAAGAGAAGCACUAGUCCCUUGACUUUUCAGGUGGCAUUGCUUAAUCAAUAGAACUUGAGAAUGCCAACUUUGCUGAACUAUAUAGGAUGGGCAAGUAACUUGAGCCUAUGCCAUGAAGGACUUUAUGGAGAAUAAGCAUAGUUUAAAUUUCAUUCCCAUUGAAAUCUAUGCAGCUCCAGGAAAAGAUAUUUUUGGGGCAUAACAAAACAUACCCACAAUAACCCAUGCCUCUGCAUUCUGGAUCAGCUGUAGCUCCAUGUAGCCUACAAAAACAAAUCCAUGUAGAAUUCAUUGCAGUAGACCAGUCAAGAUGACUAGAACAUAAGUAGAUACUUUAAGCACCUCCUAAGACAAAUACAGGUACAAGCGGUGACACUUGAAUCUGUACUUAUUCAUAGUAUAUUGAAGUAUAAAAUAUUGCAGCUACCGCCUAUUCCUUAACCCACAAAGUACACAUCAAUCCUGAAGGAGGCAGUGCAACUCGACUUAGAACUAAAGGGGAGCAUCUCCAGAUCCAAGUGAUAAAAAUACCAUCAGCCAACAGGUCUUGUCAGGAUAGAACCUGAGCUGGUUCCUCCCCACUCGGACUCCCACAGCCUCCGGGCAUUCACUAGCUAUAGAUUCAAUUAAGCACAUAUAUAAUAAAUGCUCGCACAGGUUGACACCCAAGUGUGGCUGGUUCUGACUUCUUUGAAGCAGUAUAUCACAAAAAUAAAAGGCUAUAAGUGGGUUUCCAUAAAAUUAUAAUGCAAAUCAUACACACAGAGACAUCAUUGCCAUUAAUCGUGGGGCUAUAACUUCUAUUUAAACUGAUAACAAAUUGCUUGAAUGCAAUUUAAUAAGUGAUGGAUGUUAUGGAUGCCAUUUAUGAAAGAAUAUCAUCUGGUAAGGUGCCAGGGCUUUUCUGCCAUGGUAAUGCCCUGUGGAACAUCACUCCCUCCCCAAACCUUAGAUUGGCCCUUAACACUCUCAUCCUUUAAGAAAGCCUGAAAACAUGGUUCUUAUGCCAUGCCCAGAUGUUCUGGUAAUGGUAGGGAACUUUUACAGUGGCUGUGUUGAGUUGAUGUAUGGUGAAUUAAACAUUUUCUGUUUUAAAAUAAUUAUGGGUAGGUUUUAUACAUUGAUAUAGUAUGUUGGUUUUUCACUUGUUUUUAUUGGAUUAUUUUAACCUGUUGAAAAGCUGCCCUGAGAUGCUUAGAUGAAAUGGGUGGUCAUAAACAUUGAAUAAUAUUAAAGUAAAAUAAACAUUUCCUUUCAAACUGCCACAUUUGACACAGCGUUAAGAGUGUUGGAAACCUUGUUAGAAUUCUCCAGUUCCUGUCCGGUCCUUAUAACUUUAAAAGAUUUAGUUUAUCAAGUAUAGUCCUCUUGUGAGAUGACAUGUAUUUAUUUCCUGAUGCUCAUGAAGCUCAUUUUGUUUGUUGGCUUACUUGUUUGUUGUCUUUUAAAUAUUAAAACAUAUUUUGACUUAAAUCGUCCUUAUCAAUUAAGCACAAUCUACAGAUCAUUUAAGAUUGAUAGGGCUGGUACAAAGAAACAAUCCUUUAGGUAUUAUUUGAACUAUUGUAUAUUUUCUAUCAACUAUGACUGGUACAGAAACAGGAAGUGAAUCUGCCCCAUUUUUUUGCCACCACCAAAUUAAUGCAAAUCGAUUUCAUACAUUGCUAUGCUGCAUAAAAGGUUUUUUUUUAAACCCUAUGGGCAGCCCCAAAAUUUUUCAAGAUUAUGUCCCUAUAAACAGGAUUUUCUACAGGUUUUCAAUGAAAAAUUAACUCUUAAUUAAAAUUAAUUAAUUAAAAUUAGCAUAAGCUUGUCAAGA